CUAAGGAGCCUAUCAACAUUUCACAGGUUAUGAGCAUCAACGGACUCACCUCAGCUCACAUAACCAUCAUCAGCAACAACACACACAGAGUAGAUUGAUUUACUACCCCCAACACCUCUAACGCGGAGCACCGACACGGACAAGCUGAAAGAAAAACAUGCCGUACAGCAAGUUCCGUACUCGUAACUCGCGUACAGUAACUCGUACUACCUUUACGAGUACAUCUCUCGUACAGUAUCUUUCUGUUCAUACCAAAUUCCCAAACAAUCCUGCGGUCCGCUGUUGCCUUGCACCGCCGUGGGAUUCGCAGACAAGCCCGAAACCAACAACCACUGCCAUGCCGUCGAGGAGAAGAGACACUUGCCGCAAUAGCAAUAGCAAUGGCAACAACAACAGCAACGCCACAGACCGCAGGAAAGGUCCGGUCGGACGGGCCAAAAAGAGGACAAGGGGGGGAAAGCAAGAAGAAGAACAGGGGGCCAGAAAGAGCAGAAGCAGCAGCAACGACAGCAGCAACGACAACGGCAAGAAGGGCAACAAGKGGAACAACACCGAGCACGAUCCUGCUGCCAUCAGCGACGAGGCCAGCGGAAACGAAACCGUCCGCAUCCUGGAUGGCGUGAGGUAUUCCAGCUACGUGGAAUUCGUGGCGGCCAAGCGCAGGAGAAACGAAACCAAGCUCCGGGACCUCGGCUUUGGGAAAGAAAGGCAGGGACCCACCAGAACCCAUAAAUCCAAGAGGCGGGGAAGGACCCCGGCGGGAGAGGAAGCAGCCCCGGCGCCGCGAGAGGAGGAGGAGAAAGGCACCGGGGCAGCACUUGCCGGCGCAUCGACCCCUCCGCGGCCCCUUGCUUUUGUGGUUGCGUCCCCGGUCUCGCACUACGAGGGAAUCUCCCUGGAAGCCGCCUCCCGCGAUUGUGGCCGUGCUUCCGGGCAGAGCCACCAAGCCGAACCCGACGCCGAUCGAAACGGGAGCAAAAACGAUCGCGUCUCCGGCACCGCUGCGAACGAUUCCCGCGCCGAUCCGUUCCGCGGGGUCUCCGAUGGCUUGCUAAGCAUCGAAGACCAGCUGGAACGGCUCCGGAGGCUUCGCUACCAAAACACCAUCCUGCCGUCGGGGGACGGACCCACAGAGAGCGAAUGGCAGCAGCAACAGCAACAGCAACAACAACAACAGCAGCAGCAACAGCAGCAGCAGGAUCUCGCUGCCACGGCACGGGGCGAUCUGUCCCCCCUGCUGUGGGGACUCCACGAGCUGGUGGCCCCUCGUCAACCCUCAACGACGGCUCGGGACGACCCAGAAAACGACAGCAAUGCCCAGCGAUUGCAAGAGCCCACCACCGACGGCACAACCGACGAGGGUCGAAGGAUUUGUGCCCUGGGAGCCGUGCACGACUUGGAUGGUGUCCGCAUCCUGCUGGCGGUUUUCCGGGAAUGCAGGCACGCCCGCGACAACACUAGCAACAGCGACCAAGGAGAGCCCCCCGAGGGGGACGGUAGAAGCAACGACGGCGACGACGACGCGUCUUGUCCUUCUCUGCCGGAAGAACGGAUUGUUCGAAUCUUGCGCGAUGCCUUCCUCGGGUCAUCUCCCGAGGCCGAAGCACUGGCGCUGGAUUUCGUCGACGAGAACGGGCUGGAUGGCCUCGUGCUGUCCCCCGUGUCGGAGGAACCCACCACCACCGCCGAAACAGCAGCAGCAACAACCACCACAGAAACCAACCGAGCCACCGCAACCGCAACCGGAGCACCUCCACCGCCACUUUGGAGCGAGGACGCCUGGAGCCUCUGCGCCAAUGCCACGUACUUUCCGUCGGUCGUUUCGAGGAUGGGCGGGGACACCGCCAAAAGGCUCGUGGAGGCCGCCGUCUCGGCCGCCGCCUCGCUCGAUCGCUCCGUGAAAGACCGCCUGGAGCGGCCACUUUCGUCCCCACCGCCAGCGGAAAAUGCAGGGGUCGUUGCCGAAUCGGCCUCCCGCGUGCUGGUACCGAUUCUGGGCACGGUGCUCAACCUGGUGGCCGAUCCGGUGCUCGGCCCCGGAGACCGAAACGAAUUGGGGCCCCUGGUAACCAGGCUGCUGCGCGUCUUUUGCGGGCUCGGGGGCCCAACGAAGGACCCAAGACAGCGGGAGCCGCGGCCGCCUGCUGCCGGCGUGGGGGCGGAAAAUCCGGGGGACGACUUUUUGCAUUUUGUCGGCGCCGUCCCCUUUGUCUACCGGUGGGCGGAGCGGAACCCCCACGAAGAGGCCGUCCUGUGGAACCUCCUGGGGAUUUUUCUGGUGGCCACCCGCAAGAAAAUCGUCUCGUUCGGGGACGACCUCCUCGACGUCGAGCGGCUCUCGGGGAUGAUGGUCCGCUGCCUGCAGCGGACCCACUGUUGGAAGCGCCACGCGGGCACCGUCGGGCGCGUGUGCGAGCUGGUGGAGGCCCUGGCAAGGAAGCCCCUCGGAGCGGACGAAACGAACCCCAGCAAGACAAGGAAUCUCCUGAUCGAGGCGGGGUGUCUGGACGAGCUCGAGACCCUCCUGAUCGGCACGGGCAGUACCACGCGACACACCGAAGCGGGGGCAAAUGACACAGAACUGCCGCGGAGCGCAAUCGAGUCGGCUGUUGCAAGCCUCCGGUCAUGAAUCCGUCGUGGACGGUACGAAACAAUGAUAAGAAAAGAGAAAAGGAGAACGAAAAAAUACAAGGCGAUCAAGAUCAGACAAUAUCGCUAGUUGAUUUUGGAUUACCACCACGGGACGCCAAAGAGUCUGGUUGGAAAAGCGCAAAAGGUAGAUCUUGUGCUUGUGUUUUUAUGCAUUCAUCACAUUUCGGUGAUUCGGGCGCAAAUGGAUGGAGGAAUUCAUUCGUGAGCCACGCGAUGGUAAUGCUUGUGCCGAUGCUCCGGGUCGCUUCACCCCGUCUUUUUGCUUUUGAUUUUGGGAGUCGUUGGUUUGCGAGACACAAAGCUCCGAGAAACUGAGCCGAACGGUACGAGAAUCGAUUCAUUUGGACGGGCGCAGCAGACCACCCAAGAAAAACGUGUUGAUGAACUUUUGUCCCACGUCGGGGAAACGGCGAGUUAAUCGAUGACAAGGAUAUGUAGAGUGCCAAGUACAUAGUGCGGAACCAUUUCGCUUAUCCAUGAUAAUCGGGGUGACAAAUGAUGUUGUAGAUUCGUCCGAGUCAAAUGAAAGAUGCCAAGUGGACCCAGGUGUUCUCAAAUUCAGAACAAAUUCCGGAUUUCACGAGGAGAUGUGGCAACGAUAUGUCAAAAGCAACCACCUCUGAUCCAACCGCCUUUGUUAGUUUCAAAGAUUUGGCGCUCAAAAUAUUAUUUCGUCUGCGCGGCGAAUAUGAGGUUAAUGUUCUUCUGCUGGAUAAUCUGGGUCAACUGACCGAAGAAUAAUCGAAAAUUGAAGCCAUUGAUUGGAAGUUACGGUACGAUUUCGACUUUUAAUCUAUGAAUAGACGUGACAUAGUAAGUCUACUGCCAUCCUUGGAUCCAAGAACUAUCAAAUGGCUUAACCGAAAGGUAAUGAACAUGUGGUUUCAUUGCGCAUAAAUAAAUAAAGUGCAC